AUGAUGAACAACACCAACGGAACGGCCGCUGACUUCAUCGAUCCCGCAUGGGCAGCUGAGAGCAACACGGCGAGGAUCCUCGCCGUCGUGACGGUGUUCCACGUGCUCGCGCUCAUCAGCGUGGGCUUGCGGGUGUACGCGAGGGUCUGGGUGAUCCGGGCUGCGGGGUGGGAUGAUUUGAUGAUCAUCUUGUCGGCGGUUUGUGCCAUCGGAGGCUGGUCUAUCUUCAUCGUCCAGGCGGACCAUGGGCUCGGCAAACACUUCAAGACCAUCGACAAGAAGACUGACUACGUGACCUUCCAGCAUGCCUCGUUCUGGCAAACAAUUAUCUCGGCCACGGGGGCUCUCAUGUGGUUGAAACUCUCCAUCGCGCUCAGCCUGCUGCGCCUAAGCACGACCAAGUGGUUCAAGUGGUCACUUUAUGCGAUUCUCGGAAUCAUAUUAUUUUACAGCCUAGGGGGCAUGCUGGCCUUUUCGGUCACCUGCAAACCACUGUCGGGUUAUUGGGAUAAGUUUACGGAUCCGCCUCCCAAGUGCCACGGCCACGGAUAUGUAAACACGUUCGGCAUGGUGAACACAGCGUUCAACAUCUUCACUGACGUUGUCCUGUCUACUCUCCAUGUACCCAUCAUCUGGAACUUGCAGAUGAAGCUGAAACUCAAGCUUUACGCAAUCGGCAUACUGAGCUUGGGAUACUUCGCUGUUGCUAUGGGCAUCGUGAAGAGUUACUACCAAGCCACGGCGGAUUCCGAUUCCGACAAAACGUUCAAUCGAAACAUUCAGUUCUGGGGAUUCCUGCAGUUACAAGUAGGCAUCCUCGCGGCGUGCGCCCCGGCCCUGAAACCCUUGGCCAACAGCCUCCUUGACCUGUCCACGCACAACAGCCCCGCCCGGGGACCGUUCAGCAAGCACUCCAAGCAGAGCAGCAGCGGCGUGAGAACGCUCGCCUCGAUCCGCAGCCGUAACCAGGAGCAAGCGAGGAGGAACCAGUACGAGCUCGGAGAAUGGGACGAGGGGACGGCCAUCGGCUACGGCGAACGGGAAUAUAGCAGAACCAUGAGAGACACUACGGCCACCGCGAUGUUCACCGACGAGGGCCCUAGCAGGGAAGAUGUACGAGCUCCGGGACGUUUGGCGGAUUACAACUCCUUCAAGGGGAUCAUUAAGACGACCGAGUUCAGCGUGACGCAGGAAGGCCGAGCGGAUCGCAGUCGAUAA